AUGGAACAAGUAUUCUGUGAUAUAAUAAAAAACCUGCCAGAGGGCCAGCCCUUAGAGAUACCAAUCCAUCCUAAAAAGAUAAGGGUCCUCCCUGCCAUGGUGGCCAGAAACCCAGAAUCAGAAAUUUUAUGGUCGUCCUUCGAGACGAUUGCUCCAUCCACCUCUCGUGGACAUGAGACCCGUCCGCCCAUGCCUAUGGAGGCCAAUUCGACGGUAGAUUCGGUCUCAAAUAUAACGAAUACGGCGCCAUCACCUGCCCUAGUUCUUCCGGCCAGUGUCAGACCUCUCGACGAUACUGAAAUAGCCAAUAUGCUAAAUUAUGGCAGCGAAGAUGAGUCUGGCGAAGAGGAAGAAGGCAGUACCCCAAUGUUAGGGGUGCCCCGGAUGGCGCGGAUGUAUUUGGAAGAAGAUGAUAAGGAGAUCCAAGAAGGUUAUGUUCACGUAACCUUAAACUGGCCACCUCUCCCAUCUGAACUACGUACAUCUGCAUCAAUGCCCGGGUUACCAACGCCCGCCACACCGACGCCCACCUCACUGACGCCCACACCGAUGGUCACUUCACCCGUGCCUGCUUCGCUAUCCAUGACUCCCAUGGAGCCGAGCGAUAAAUUUAAGUUUAAUUGGAGAGCGAUUACAAUGCCUCAAAUUGAACCUCAUUUGAGGCGAGAACCUAAUAUGGAUCCUUUUACUCAGCGCAUGUUAGAAAGAGCUCGAGCUAGACAGGAGAAGAUUGACCAAAAACUUGCGAAUUCUGGACAAGUUGUGCCGAAACGGAAACCGCUAUCUGAAAAUGUGCCUAUCGUAAAAUCUGAAAGUUCACCAGCGAAAUCUCCUGGUAAAAUUGUUAAGGACACCUUACCAUCGUCAAGGAGGCAGUCUAAAGAGUGUACAAAGUCUGCAACUCCACCUAAGCGUCAAUCCAAAGAGUUUACGAAGUCUGAAACUCCUACAAAAGCCAUAUCGAAAAGAUCAAGUUUGAAAUCUGAAACAGCGUCUCCUCAGCGCCCUCGCAACGAUGUUAUAGUAACGAAAAAGGAGUUUAAAAGUCCUAAAAGGGGCAGUAUCACACGUCGGAACUCUGAUGUAUCAGUGGAAAUCAAUAUUUCUCAUAGAAAUGAUAUUCAGAUUGAAGUACAAGUUGAAGAGAGAGAUGUACCUAUCAGUGUUGUAUAUGACUCACAGGCUCUUCCUGGGAGCAAUGUAGUUAUCAAGGAAAUAACAGACGACACAUCCAGUAAUAUGGAGAAAGGAGCUGUGGAAAUGCCAGAGCAGAAGACUGACCGUAUUGGUCUGAGACACAACAUGAAGUCACGCCUAGACAGGCUUGGUAAUCUAUAUUCGGAUAAACCAAAUCUAUCAUCGCCGAUCCAUCGAACAGAGAACGACUUCUCGUCGGCCACUCCACCAUCAGACUUUGAACAGGCCAAACCGAAGCCACGGCCCCAGCCUGACGGUAAAAGAAAGUUCGGUAGACUAGCAGCGUUAGCCGAUCAAAUAAACAAUUGGGAAGACGAUCUGACCCAUCAUACUCAUCAACCAGAUAAUCACAAAAAGCCAAUACCAAAAUCUAAGAACAACGAACCUAAAAACAAAGAAUUGGAAGCUUCUACACUAGAUGUCUCCAUACAUUCCUUCAAGGAUAUCAACAUGGCAAUACAAUCUAAAAAUAAAUCGAAACAGAACGCUAAAAAAUUCGCACCACUUACAAAUCCUUCAAUGAACGAGUGUCAGAGACUCAAGAAACAAAUUGUGGCUGAAUUGGAGGACGAGGGCUACCGGCGCAUAUCAGCCGGCCAAUCGCGGCUCGUCUACGAAUUCACCACGAACAAAGCCGAUCGCAACCGACAGGACCCGAAGUUCGCAUCGACAACCCCCAGUGCCGCUUCAGCCCCCAACAUGGCCACUAUGGUGGCCCAGUCGCCGGGUAACCCGGCUUUAUCAAAGAAGCCGUCACUCAAAAAGUACAAGGCGCCCACGCCACCGCAGAAGGUCAUCGCUGAAGAUGAAUGUGAAAGUGAUAAAGACAACAAAGAGAACGCAGUGCAACACGAAGAUGACGAUAAUGACGCAACUGAUGAUUGUAAACAAACAAAACUGGAACCGGCCGACGAAAAACCGGCGCCAGAGAAAGAAUCGCCUGUGAUUAAACGGUUGGCUCCUAAAUUAAACGGGAACGUUGACAGGAGUUCUGUAUUAUCUAAAGCAGCUAUGUUUGAAGCCGGCAGCCCUAAGGCGAAGGACCCCGCCGAAAUGAGUUUGAGGGAGCGUAAAGCGCUCUUUGAAAAAAAUAAGGGUGCUGCCAUCAUUCCUAAAGCUCCCUUUGGGCUCGCUCCCUCCGUCAAGACUUUACACGGUGAUAACAAAGACAAGAAGUCAUUGACCCAAAAGACAACACCAACUAAAGUAAACUCCUUAGCGAACUCAAGAACUAAUUCAAAAGAUGAUAUUCCUGAUGACAACAUAAGUCAAAGUUCACUCGGAGGGGGUAUCAAAGGCAAACUAGCUGCAUUGUUCAGUAAAGAACAAACGAUUAGUGAAUCUACUAUCGCAAAUAAGUUUAAACAAGAAAGGGAGAAAGAGAUGGAGAUGCUUAAUAACAGGUUCCAUUAUAAGCCAACAAAACAACAAAAACCAGACAACGCAAACGAUUCUGAUGAUGACACGAGUGAACAUGACCCGUCAGAGAAGGCGCCACUCAUGGGCAGUACAAUGAGCCUCUCGCAAUCUACCAAAAAGCCGGAGAUCAUUGCCAACAUUCCUAAGGUUAACUACGACGAAAAGAGCAAGUCGCAGCUGGUUUUAAAUGACAAAGAGACUGAAAAGGAUGGCGAUAAAGUUAUUGGAUCACAACCUGUUAAAAGACGAAGCUCACAAGACUCACCAGUAGUACUUUCAGUUCUGGAUGAUGUUAAGAGAAUAAAAGUAAACAAUAACAAAAAAGAAGCUCAAACCAACGGAGCUAUUCUGCAACAACCAACUAGUUUAUACCCCCAUUUAUCAGACAUUGAAACAGAUACAUCACACACUCAAGAGGAAUAUUCUGAAUGCGGAGGCUCAAGCUCUGAAGAGACACCCUGCACUGUCAGUGACAAGCUGAACAAGUCUGAAAACUGGGCUGAAACAUCGUUCGGUCGUGAAGUGAUGAAUGUUGUUAAAAGGAAUAACAGUAGCUACCGAAAAGCAGUACGGGAGAGCGAUUCUGAAAGUGAAGCUUGUGACAGCGAGUUAGAUGAUAUGUUAGAUGAGGCGUUAGAACAACAAAGUGAAGGACCCACUCCUCCCAAGGUCAAUAAGCCUUCGGUGGAAUCAUCAUCAAGUUUCGUGUACCAGGAGCAUGCUACCUUCAAGUCUCCGUUGAAGCAGCAACCGGCCACACCAGCCUUCAGAUCUGACAAGGGAAGCGAACUCGUGCACAGUGUCAGCUUCUACAGGAGGAUGCAGAAUGCUUCUUCAACACCCUCAACGCCUAUGCGUAUAAUUCGACACGUUUCACCUGAACGUGAGCCACCUGCGACUCCUGACGAACCGACCGCCAACGUGAUGACUGUUCGGCAGCGCAUUGCCGAACUUCAGAACGAAAUUGGGAAACAACAGACUGUCAUAUCUCAGGCAAGUCAAGCUCUAAAUCUCUGUGCAGCCACAGUAGAGUUCAGUGGAUCUACAGAACAAGCUGAGGGAGAAAGAUUACUAUUAUUAGCAACUCAUCGCCGUCAAGCCUGUUUACACGAGUUGCAGCGGCUACAAGUAGAGGGCGCUGGCCCCGCGGCUACGGCUGGCAUGGCCUCGCUUCAUCUCAACACACUUACGGUACCACUCAAGAGGGAUUACAUCAGGCAACUUAAUGCUGAUGGUGCAGUGGGCCAUCACGCAGUCUGCCUAAUCAAAUGUCGUGAUCGAGUUCUGGCCACCAGCAUGCAACAGACGAAGCCUACCAGUAACUUACUUCACUUCCCCGAUGAAAUUCGCAUGUUAGGACUUGCUAGUGACUUCAAAGUGACUGUGGAAGUGUAUUUACUACAAGCUUCUAAGGAAUUUUUGCCACAUGACGUUAAAUAUCAUAUUAAUAGUAAAAAGUCGAGCUCCAAGCUGUUGACGCCCAAGUCGAAGGUGUCGGAGCUGAAGGCGCCGCGCGUGCACAGCCCGGCGGGCCCACACGCCGUGCGCUCGCCUCAGUUCGCGCUGCACGGCUACUGCAUCUUCGCUCUGCAGCAGGCCACCAGGAGGUCCUUCACGCUAAAUAAGCUCCCAGCCGCCAGUCCCCUUGAAGGAUCACUGAACAUGGAGAUAAAAGCCCGAGUCCAAGUUCCUCCUCCUUCCCCCCACGCGGCGUUCCUCACCGCCUUCGAUGACGUGUCAGGGCUCGGCGCUUGGCAUAGAAGAUGGUUCCGUCUGCACUGUCCUCGACUGGCUUACUGGAAGUAUCCCGAUGAUGUGCAGAAAAAGAUGCCUAUCGGCGAUAUAGACCUUUCCACCGUCAUAUCCGAAAAGGUGAUACGAGCUCCGCGAGACCUCUGCGCCCGCCCCAACACCCUCCUGCUCGAGUCCGCAGUACCGGCCGGACUGAUCGUCCCCGACGCCGACUCCCUGGUCUACGUUAAACGCCCCGACGGCUCAGUUGUUCGAAGACACCUACUAGCUGCUGAUACACCGAAAGACAGAGAUAUUUGGUUGGACUGCUUAAAUAAGGCGCUUGAAUAUGUCAGGUGUUGUGGUACUGAUGAUGACUAG